CAUUGCGAAUGUUAAUUAUUAUAAAUUUGUGAACUAUAUUUUCCUUAAAUUAAAGUGACAUUCAUUAAAUUCCAUAUCAAAACGAAAAGGAUAAUAAAUUUAUAUUAACCAAUAACAUUUCUUAAUUUUAUAGAAAAAAACCUUAAAUGUAUUUAUUUGAUAUAUUUAUUUUGAAUGAGCCAUCUGUACCAUUGACAGCCCUGUUCAGUAGAAAAUAGAGUAUAAGAGAAUAAUAAACACAUUGUGCACGUGAAGUUGUUUUGAAGAAAAUUUUAUAAUUUGCUUUUAUUGAAAGAGAUUAAUAUGAAAUGGAUACAAUAAGUGUUAAAGAACGUUUUCUUGAAGAUAAUCCAGACUACAAGGAAAUAAAAUCAAGUUUUGAUAUAAAUACGAUUGGCGGAUUUCAAGACAUUGAUGAAGUCGAGGAUGAAGUUUGGAUUUUGCAAUGCCCGAAAGGAUUUGAUAUGGCAUCAGAAAUACGCGGCCAGAAAUUAAAAAUUCCUGGACGCUCUAGCUUCAACUCAGUAGAAGCGGUUGCUGUUGAAUUUACUGAACCAGAAACACGUGCCUUUGGCUACUGUAAUCGCAAAGGUCGUUAUUCGCUACGUCUCUUACCUGUAAAGGGAAAUAUUUUGAUGCGAGGACGUUUAAAGACAGCUGAAGCAGUGACAUUGGAAAAUGCAGAAACUUUAUGUCCACCACCAGGAAAGGUACCAUUUCCUGAUAUGAUAAAGGUUCGCCAUCCACUGCAUGGCCAUCAAUUUGACAAAAGUUUAAAAAUUGAUAAAGCGAUCUCAGAACGUCUGAAAAAGGCCGAUGAGUUAUCUACGAAAUUACUUCAAGAAGCGGUUUCAAAACGAAAACAUAUAAAGAGUAAUGGUAGUACCUCUUUAGAAAAACCUAAGUUUAAACCAAACUUGAACACUAAGGAAAAUAACAUAAUUCUUUGUGAUACAGAAGAUGAGAAUUCAGAACACGUAGUCCAAGUGAAGACCAAGAAACAAAAGAGAACACAUAGUGAAAGCACUUUAGCAAACCAAGAAGCGACACCAAAGAAAAAGAAAAAAUCAUAUAAGCCUGAAAGCAGCGAAGAAGUGUCAAAAGACUUACAAUGGAUCCAAAAUUUAUAAUUACACAUUAUAUAAAAUUAUUUUAAGAAAUAAUAAAAAAUUAUUAAAAAACAAAA